AUGAAAUAUUUCCUGUACGAGUCCAGUCCGGGAGUCUACGAAGUGGAAGACCUAGUUAACGCCGAAAUAGACACCAUGGUAUCACAAAGCGACGUCUACUACCAUUUCUUCAGCCGCAGUAAUCCCAACGGAGUUGAUAUCCGGGAUACCGACAUCGACGCUCUCGGAAAUACAGGUUUCUCCGUUCAAAGAGACACCAUGUUCGUUGUACAUGGCUGGAAGGGUGAUAACGAUGUAUCACUGAACCUAAAAGUCAGGGAAGCCAUUUUGUCCAAGGAGAACAUUAACGUCUUCGUUGUGGACUGGAGUCCGAUAGCAAAUAAGAACUACAUCUCCGCCAAGAACUCAGUCGUAGGAGUAGGAAGGGUCGUGNUAAUUAAAUUUCAUUAA